CCCACGAGCAACAAUGACUCGACACAUAAAGCAACCCCAUUUCAGGCCCCUUUAACACACCCUCUCCAUUCCGUAAAUUCAUAGUCCUUUGUUGAUUUAACAAAAACAAAUAAAAACACUCCAACUUUGAACUCUCAGUAGCAGUCCAUUGUGAGGUCAAUCUCCAAGAUUCUACAGGCAUCUUUACUCAUACUCCCCAAAAUGGAAGAGAGCAAUUACUACUUGAUGAAUAGGAGCCACAUUCCAGCAUUUGGUAGCUGGGAAUCAUGUAACACAGAUGAAUUCCCAGUUCCUUUCACACAGUGCUUUGAAUCUGCUAGGCAAGUUGACCUUCUUCGUUACAGUUACUCUGAAGACCGUGAUUUGUACGUGGCCGGAGAUCUCUACCAGAAUGAUAUUCUCACUCCUGCUAUGAUUGUCGUUCCUCGUCGUAAGAGAAGAAAAAGUAAUGAAGCAGUUGGAAAAGAAGGAAGAAAGGAAGGGUGGGUGGUGUGCAACUAUGAAUAUGAUGAAGUGAAAAAAGCAGUAAGCGCUGUUCCACCAUCUCCACCCCCACCUAAAAUGGCAGCUAACGCUGUAGAUGAAGAUCUCUACAAGAUUUCCCCUCAACUGCUCUACGCUAAGCCUGAAAGAAAAGGCAUUAGGGGAUUCUUUUCAAUGUGCCUACCGCCAACUUGUGCUUCUUGAUCCUGAGAUGGAGCUCAAAUCUUUUAAACAAGAGAAAAUUUAGGACUCAUAUUGAAUAAUAGUUUCUUGUCUAUACUAUAGAAAGUAUCACUCUAGAGUAAGAGAUGUUUGAAUUAUUUUCUUGGGUUUUUAGCAGUAAAAGUGGCCCAUAACAGAGUAACAGACAGAGUUUGGCCAGCCCAAGAAGAUAAUAAUUAGCUAUCAUUAUCUUAUGAUGAUAACUACGAAGCCUUCUGAUCUAGUCACUACUCUAUUGCCAGUAUUUUCUUUCUUGGAUGUAUUUCGAUGUCUUACUCCCACUGCUGCACUAGUACUCCUCUUGUAUACCUUAAAAAAUGUCAUGGAAGAGUCGAUAUUGAAGGUUGGGAUUAAAAAGGCUAAAAUUACUUUAUGAGAAAAAGUGAAGGCUCCCUCGUGUCUUCAUUAUGCUGCCUUCUGCCUUUUCCUUCUU